AUGGUAGUAAAGAAACGAGGACUUAAUGAAGAUGAAAGAAAUGACAAUGAAUAUGAUCAAUCCAAGAAGAUGAAAAUUGUUGAUACAAUCAGUAAGGAGCAGAUCGGUACUGCAACAGCCACAGCUACUACUACAACUAAAAGUGUUACAAACGCAGUAUCUUUUGUUAAUCAAAAUGAGCCUGUUGAAGGUGAAAAUGAGGAGGAUGACUACGAAGAUGAAGAUGAAGAAGAUAUUAGCCUCAAUAAAGAGGAACUGUCCGGUAACUUAGGGGGAUUAGAUGAAGGAGAAGGGGGAGGGAAAGAGGAAGACGAGGAGGAAGAAGAUGAGGAUGAGGAGGAUGUCGCGAUUGAUAGUGAAUCAUAUCGAGAAUCUUCUGCAUCUGUCCCAGCUACGUCAGUUGACAAGGUCACGUUAACGAAUGCGAGAACUCCAAGCGUACCUGAGAGUCCUAGAUCAUCAUCCUCUAAACAAAAGAUUCCAAUCUCAUUUAUUGAGAAUAAGAGUCGAAGACAUGUUACAUUUGCGAAAAGACGACAUGGUAUUAUGAAGAAAGCGUAUGAAUUGAGUGUGUUGACUGGUGCCAAUGUACUAUUGUUAAUCUUAUCUAGCUCUGGGCUUGUAUAUACUUUUACAACACCAAAACUGGAACCAGUGAUACGAGAUGAUGAAGGGAAGAACCUGAUACGAAAAUGUUUAGGAGCGCCUGAUAACUGGGAAUAUGAUGAAGGAACUCGCGCCAAUCCUGAAAGUUAG